CCGACGAGUUUGCUCGAGAAUCACAGUCCUCCGAUACUAAGGAAGAAUUUCUGAACAUAAAAACGUUAUGGCUAAUGAAAAAGUGGUUGCUGUUAUCGCUUACAUGGUUUUUUUACACUUGGAUUUUGCCAUGAGCUCGGUACACUUUUCUAACGAGACUUUUGGUCAUCGGAAGGGACGAGAGAUCGAGGAUUCGAAACGGUAUCUCGUGUUUCCUCAGGGCAGCAACGUUCAGUUAAUUUACUGCUUGACGAUCGGCACUUACACGAAGCCUGCAACAUUUUUCACGAUGGGUGUUACCGCGGGUCUGGCGUGGGAAUUGCCGCACACGAAUACAGUGCCGUACAGAAAACCAGCUGAAGUUUAUCAUCGAAGAAGCAGAAGAGAGCUUUACCGCAAAGUGGAGCUAAUGUUGAGCACACGUGGAAAAGACGGCAAAGCCUGCGUCCUCAAGGCACUCUGUCAAGCAGGGAAACGUGGCACGAACGAAACUGCCAAAGGAACUUUUAUGCAGGAAAUUCUACAUUCGAUUUUCACCUUGCCCCACGGACAUUACGACCAGGAUCCUAUGACCGAAUACGAAAAGUCCUAUCAAGUAACAGCCGAAGAUGAUUGUGAAAAAAAAUAUCCAAGCUGUCCGAAUUCAACGGUCAGCAAAAAAAAUGUGGGCAACGAAAAUUCGGUGGAAUCGAACAGAAGACUGUCGAGGAAAAAGAGACACUUGGCUUUCCCCACCGGGACUAAUUUCGUGACGACGAUAACUCUGCUGAAAGCGAUCCAAGUGAACGAGCCAAAGAACUGGAACCUCGAUCUCGAGUUCGACAUGAUUUGGCCAAUUCCCAAUGGAGAAAAGCUCUUGAAAAAAGCUUCGAAACGUACGAACAUUUAUCAUCAUAUUCGACGUCACAAAAGGGAUCUUUAUUCGAAAAUUGAGCUGGCGUUAUCCAGCCAGGGUUUGCCUGGGAAGGAAUGUCUCUUGAGAACGAUCUGCGAGGCGAACAUUUACUUGAGUUCUCCGGGUGUCUCGUUCCUCGAAGACGUCUUGCGAGUCGUUCUAAGUGGGAGCGAGAGUGCUCGAAGAGAAAAAUUUUCUCCAGAAGUUGAGUCAAGUCCGAGAGAUCGAGAGAGAAAAAUGAGCUUUUUCCAACGAUCCAUCGUGGUGUUGUUCGUGUGCAUUCUCCCAGCAUUUUUAGUCGACGGUGAUGGAAGAGAGCGAAGUCUAUCUCGAAAAAAACGUUACGUAGUUUUCCCAGAGGGUUCCAGUUUUUCCAUCGCCCUGUGCAUGACCGUGCACACUCUGACACCGGACAACAUAUUCACCGAAGGCCUUAACUGGGGGAUCUCCUACGAUCUUCCGAACGAGAGCAAACCGGAACUCGAGCCCUUUCUCGAGCUGAGGAAGGACAAACCGCACAAAUACCAGUAUCUCGAGAGCAAAAAUCAGCUGGUCAAUCCGCCAGGUUGGAAGCACGAUGCGAAAUGGACUCGAGCGGAGAUUCACGGGCCGAAGCUCAAGAAAAAGUACCACAAGGCCGGUUACGAUUACUUGAAGAGGCGACACCGCAGGGACCUUUACAGCAAGCUCGAAAUCAUCAUGAACGCGAUGAAUUUCGACGGUCGUAGUUGCGUGUUAAGGGCACUUUGCGAGGCCUCGCAACGACUCAUGCCCAAAGGGAGGAGCCUGGUGGAGGAAAUGAUGCGAAUAGCGUUCACGUUACCAUUGACGAGAGUGCUUUCGUACGAGCCGGAGGAGCAUCGUACGUACGCAAACGCCCAUACAGCUGGCUACGAGGGUCGAGACUGUGCCGCCAUGUUUGCCAGUUGCAGUUUUUCCCUCAUUGACAUGGCCCUCGGGAAAUACAGCGUGCCCGAACAGAAAUACAAGCCUUCGUACUUUCCGAGAAAUCCUGUUGAUGCUUCACAAGGGGAACAUCCAAACGUUGGAAGCCUCGAGGCCACGUCGGAAACUUCAGCGAUCGUACGGUACAACAUGAAGUAG